AUGCCCAUCACCGAACUCAUAUUCCCAACGUACAAGCUUGAUGCCGAGUCUCUUGCGGCUUUGAAGACCAAUGAAUCCCACAUCUUCUCGCACCUUACAAACGUCAAUGGUCUCCAAGCCGCCUUCAAAGGGCAAAUCCUCGAACAUAAUGGAUCUCCAGUUGAUCCAAAGAACGUGAGAACAUUGCUGGUUUUAGAUUGGGUCGACUCAGCGUCCUUCGAUGCUUUCUAUCCCAAGUCCGAAAAGUUCCAGGCCUUCAUUAACUCGGUGAAGCCUUUCGUCGCAGCUCCUGCCGUGCCGGAACUCUACGAACAGCAAGAACGAUCCAUCGCCUGUACGUCGACGAAUGUUACGCAGAUCUUUAAGUCAACAACAAGCGACACAAUAGAAAAGGCGUGGGAACAGCUGAAGAGCUCGAUUCGAGAUCAAUACUCGAUUGUAGAUGCGCCAGCCUUUUACCAUGCGACUGGGAUCAAGAACGAUCAGGGCAAAUUUCUAGGGUUGAUCGGGUGGCAGAAUCUUCAGGAAUAUGAACGUGUUGGAAAGACCAGUGCCGUAAUGGCGCGCAUCCACGAAUUGAGCAACGAGGCUGGCGGAGAGGUGGAGAAUCUCGUGGUGCAACUGGGCCAAAUCUAG